AAUCCUGCAUCAUCCAUUCGUUAAAUUUAAGUUCCGUAAAUAAUCGGAGGCCUGUCAUCCGCAAUAAUCCACAAAUAACGAGUACAGUUUUCCCUGUCGUUAAUUGGAUUUGCAAAUCUUUUUCCUCGCCGAAAAUGGAUUCUUCGUACUCUAUUUGACGCAAAGGGUACAGUACAACAAAAUCAAGUUUACUUAAAAAAAUAAUUCCUAACAAUUUGUAAGAAAUUUCCUUUAUACAUAAUUCCAAUUUCAAUUCUCUGUCUAAUCAGAAUAUAACACAGUAUCCAAACAAACUCGAUUCUAGCAUCAGCUCUCUGGAUUGUACUUCCAACCAGAUCUCCAGCUCUUUCAUCACCUAGUUUCCAUCACGAUACAUCUAUCCUCAAGAGAGAAUAUCCUUACCCAAUGCAAUUAAGUGCACCAACUGACCAGAGGUUGAAAACAAUAUGACCAUGUGAUCGUUGAUUUUAUCCUAAUGGAAUGAAACUGGCAACCGCGAGGGGUUGAACGGGGGUUGCUGCUGUAGUUUCGCGCAUGCUGUUUCUACCUACCGGCAAGAGGGUUGGUUUUAGCCGGUAACGGCGACUGAUAGAGAGUACGUGCAGCCGGAGGAAAGGGUAGUUUCAUCCGGGCUUUAUAUAAGGGUAGGUACAGUUUGAAACUUAGUCAUAAACUGCUUUUGGUUGAUGCAUGUAGUCCGCUUCUUGCGCGACUUCGAAAACAGGAACGUAAUCUGUCCGACGAUUAACGCGUUCAAUUUGCUUUUUCCCCUUUUUCGUGUCGGUGAUAAAAAAAAAAAAGAAAAGCGGAAAAGUGUAGAAGUGUAAAGGCAGAGAAAUAUAGGAAGAAUGUCCUUGAAUCGUAGCACCGUGGAUAAUGUCGUUUACGAUGCCGAGGAUCAAGUCAGUCCGAUGGUGUACGUCGCUGCAGCGAUCGCAUUAGGAUUUAUCGGAUUCUUUGGUUUCACCAUGAAUCUUCUGGUGGCGAUCGUGAUCGUCAAGGACGCGCAGAUACUGUGGACACCCGUCAACGUGAUCCUGGUUAAUCUUGUCGUUGGCGAUUUCCUGGUGGCUGCGUUUGGAAAUCCUGUUGCGAUGGUUUCCGCUAUCACAGGCGGAUGGUACUGGGGCUACAAAAUGUGCCUCUGCUACGCUUGGUUCAUGUCCACUUUGGGAUUCGCCAGUAUCGGCAACCUGACAGUAAUGGCUGUUGAAAGAUGGUUACUGGUAGCCAGGCCGAUGAAAGCUCUGUCCAUAAGGCAUGCGAUAACACUUGGAAUCUUUGUCUGGAUCUAUGCACUCUGCCUUUCUCUGCCACCACUAUUUGGCUGGGGUAGUUACGGUCCAGAGGCAGGAAACGUGUCUUGCAGCGUGUCCUGGGAAGUCCACGACCCUCUUACCAAAAGCGACAGCUACAUAGGAUUCCUCUUCCUGUUCGGUUUGAUCAUCCCCGUCUUGGUGAUCAGUAGCAGUUACGUGGCAAUUAUAGUGACCUUGAGAAAAGUGCGAAAGAGAGCAGGCGCAAGCGGAAGACGCGAGGCGAAGAUCACGAAAAUGGUUGCACUAAUGAUAACUGCCUUCCUGCUCGCUUGGUCGCCUUACGCUGCUCUUGCGAUCGCCGCGCAAUAUUUCGACGCGAAGCCAUCGGCAUCGGUAGCUAUGCUUCCGGCGUUAUUGGCCAAAUCCUCCAUCUGCUACAACCCUAUAAUCUACGCAGGUUUAAACAGCCAAUUUCCCCGCUCUCUGAAGAAGAUCUUCGACGUACGAAUCGCGAGAUCCACGUUACCAGACAGUCAAAACACCGCGUUGACGCUGUUGAACAGGCAAGAGCAAAGGAACUGAGGGCCAUUAUCUCUAUCGAACAACGCCACAAGUGUCUGCAGCUACGUAGAUGUUGGAUGAAUCGUGGAACCAUCGAAUAUAAGUCGUCUUAACAACGUGGUUCUUGCUUCUUGCCCCUUGGUUGUUUGUUUUCGCCUCUUUUCGUCCGCUAAAUUUGCUUAUCCGCUUACGGAUUCACGUACGUGAGCGGAUCUUUUGUUUUCGCGAUCGAAUCGGUCGUGAGAACCGCGUUGAAUUUUGCCGGGAUACGCUAAACCUUCUUUCGUUUCGAUGCGAAGGUCUUAACACCUGGUGGAAGUUUCGAAGAUCGCGGUGAAAAGCAAACGAUACGCGUCCUUUUCUUUCGUUUUCCAGUAUUUUCGUUUGCUUUUUACAGUCUUCGUGCCUCUCGCACGUUGCCACGUGUUAAUUGAUGCGUGAAUCUUUUUGCCUGCUUGGUUCCACCGAUGAACGUCGCAGUGUGUCUCUCGAAGAUCGUUCGUGCAAUGAAACACGCGAAUAAGAAAAAUUGAAUUUCAUUACGGUUUGCUUUCGCGCAGCGUGACAUUCUUUGCCGAAAUCACUCGUAGCAGGUAGUUUGAAUGUAUUUUGGCGCAGGUAAAUUGCUGAAAUUCCGAAUAAAAGAAACACUGAAGUUUUGACUAGAGUAAGAUAGAAUUAUUCGAGUUAGAAGAAUAUUUGAGUCAAGCUAAGUAAUUCGCCUUGUGAUUCGCCAAAUCUAACAAUGAACAAUUUUCAAGCAAGUCGCGUUUCAAGAUAUUCGACUUGUCGAUCACGCGAUAAACGAGAAGAGGGGUGAUCAUAAUGUCACCGAGAGAAACAAUAAGAAUCUUGAUUAAACUUCAUUUAUAAUCUAUAUUACACGCGACAUUUUAAAUCCAUAAAAUGACAAUUGGUCGUAAAUUAAUACCACGUGGGAGGAAAAAAGCAAAGCUUGGAGCAACGACGCAAUUACGUUAUCCAUUAAGUGUCGAUCGUAAAGCAGACGCGUUGUUAUAAUUUACAAAUAAAAAUAAUCAAUAAGCAAUCGUAUCUCUCUGUUCUCCAUUGAAAGAGAUUCUACGCCCGUAGAAUAGUAAUAGUUGCGCUGUUAUUCUUUCUAAUUCCUCUUACGAGUUCCAGUCGCGAUGGAAUCAUUAUGGAUGGCUUUGCGAAGUGUCUGUAUUACGAUUCGUAACACGUGCGAUUAUGGCAAGAUAGCGAAAGUGAAAUCGCGAGGAAAAUUCAACGUCGCUAAUCAAACCUUUUCUGAAGCAACUGCGUACGAUACGAUUGACCCAUUCGGAUAUAUAAUUUCAAAUUCAAUCAGAAAUCCUAACCGCAAUUAUAUCUGCACGCUCUCCCAUAUCGUCCUUAUUUUUCUUCAAUUAUAAUUAUAUUAAAUUAAAUUCAAUUCAAUUAUAAUCAUGGCAAAAGAACAUACAGUAGUUUACGAAAGCAAUCGAACGUUCGUGGACGUUUUCUAAUAUCGCGUAUCACGUAAAACAGUUUGAAAUUUCACUGGCAUCGUGAGACACCGAUAUCCUGAUUAUGUUGAUAAAUAUUGAAACAAAUGUAAAAACUUACACGGAAAAUGUACAAGAUGUUUAAUGCUAGCGCAUCUGCUUGCUAAGUGUCUUCUAGAAAUCAUAAAACAGCCGAAUAAGCCUCGAUAUUCGGUAGGAUCGUCUUUCACACUUAUUAUACGCCCAAGAUGUCUAUUUACGCUGUAUACUAAUCUUUCGCAAAAUAUAUAUUUGCGGCAAAUAUCUCGUGGCUUCUAUACGCGUUCGCAGAUUGAUUCGAAAUUUUAUUAAUACAACGAAGGUAGUCGUUGCAACGUUAAUGAAAUUCCAAAAUGUUUUCUACAACAUAAAAGUUAUACGUACAAGUUUUCUGCAGUGGCGUUCGCAUAUUUUUGCGCGCCAUUCUACACCUGCGUACGUAGUGCGCAGUUUACGAAGACACUGCAGAUGAUCGAAGAAAAGAAAUCUCUCGCUGACAUUUUCUGAAAACGCGCGUUUUGAUAUUCUACGACCGAGACUACGGUAGAUAAUUGUCGACUGUUGGUUGAUCGUAUCGUUGCGAUUAUGGCAAGAUAGCGAAAACAGGACUAGGUUUUCCAUUAAUCGAGCGUGUAACGACUCGAGCGAAGAGUGAAAAGGAAUGAAUGGAUACCGUGCGUAAUCUGUCUGUGAACGUUUUCACAAGAACGAUCGGUAUUACGCAACGAUAAUUGGCCACAGUCUCGCGACUAUGAAGAUUCGUUCGAGACGACGAGUUGCACGGCCAGCCGUGAGACAGGUUUCGAAUAAAAGCAAAAGCCACCGCGAAAUGGGACAUUGGAUCUUGGUUUUUUUAUUGCCACAUCCUUAGCACGUGAUCGUAAUACUUCAUCGAUGGCCAAAGAAAAUCUUGGCAACUGAUACACGUGCUCGUCGCCUGAGAAAGAGAAGAAUAGGAAUCGUGGGAUUAACGAACGGGGAACUAUUUGUUCCGGAAGCUUUAUCGUACAGAACGAUUUUACACAGAAGCUUACAAAUUCUUAUUUUUCUCUAUUGUUUAUUGCUUGUCAUCUUUCGAUAAGAGAAACGAUAUUUUUUCGUGGUUGAUCUCCUAAUUUUCUUCUCGUAACAUACAAAUCCGAUCGUAUUGUGCAUCGAUUGUCGAAAGUUUUGAUGCUGAAUUUUCAUCUGAUUCAAAUAAUCCCACCCUGUGUUCGAUUAUCUACGAAUGAAAUUCUUAUCUUACAAAGUCGGUUUUAUUUAUCGUAUAUUUAAAAAGUAUAAAGUUUUCCUCGAUUUACCAUCGAAAAUUAACAAAUCCUUUUUAUAAUAAGAAACAACUAACCGUAACUAUUUUGUGAAAUAUAUUUUUAGUAUCCUUUCACGGAUCGAAGGCGUAGAAAAUGGAUAUUUUUGUAGGAAAGCGCGUUGCGAGUUAAAGAACGAUCGCAUCGGGCCAGUGCACAGUGCGGCAUUAGAAUGAGAUUUGGGGACAAAAAUCGGAAUUCGCUGGUCACAUUCGUUCGCGGAUCAGAUACACAGGUAAUCGCAUCAGAUUUUGAGGUAGAAUUACUCGACUUUUGGGAGAAUUACAAUUAUAUCGCUUACUUGCAGACUGAUGAUAUCAUCGUACCGUAAGAUCGAAAUCGGACGAUUUUUAUCCACCGCAUACCGCAUUGUAUGGCGUAACGAUUGGAACCAGAUCCGAAUACGGAUGAAGCCAGAAAGAAUUAAAAAAUGAUGGCUUCGAAAGGAGCGUUUGCGAUAUAAAGGUUAGUCGAGGCAAGCAGCCUUAUUUUAGCGUAGACACUCGUUUUCCACGAGAAACCUGCUUCGAACAGGAGUGUCGAUCCUUUACGGAAGCGAAUUUUUCGAGAGUGCAAGCAAAGAUAAAAGUUACGGUUAAACACGAAAACAUGCGAGAAGAGUUAAGUGGAAAGAAUGGUAGUUGAUGAGAGGAAUCGAUAAGUUUCUAUGUUCAAUCGGAUAAUCGUUUCAUUUUGUUAAGAAAAGAUUAGUCUGCGUUGUUUAAAAGUAAGUUUAUGGAAAAAGAAGCAAGUAAAAGAGAAAUAAUUUUCCCGAACGAAAGCAUGAAAUUGUGCAUAAAAGAUAUUCCAUAUUCACGAUUAAAAUAUAUCAUCACCGUUGUAACGAAUCUUCUACGAAUUUUGUAUUAAAUCCUCUCCUGUUCCGCCAAACGAUUUAUAGAAAAGUAUUUGACUAUUCCAUAACAAAUCGUCUUCGGUGGAUGCAAUUCGUUUUAACCAAAAGAACAGAUACAAUUUCCCGUUUCGACGAGACGGUCGUAAAACACGAAGAAUGGCCCGCAGAGAAGGUCUUCGUUGUCAACGAGCCGGAAUGGCUCUCUUGAACGAAAGAAGAGGAACGAAUUUUUUCGACAGGGAUACUCCUCAUUUCCUGACAUUUAAAUCUUACGGGGAACGAGUUAACCAAAUCGAUGGAGAAGCAAUUAGGACAGAGGAAAAGAGGCAGAAGAACGGCGAACGAAUCGAACGGUGAAUCUGACGUAGCUUCUGAAAUCUGAGCUGUUGAAAAUAGGAUCCACGUUAAGAGACACGAGUUUCUAUUCUUUCGUUGAACAGGGCCAUAAACUUGACAAAUGAAAGGCGAUUUCAGCGCAAGUGUAAUUUACUGAUAUAAAUGGCUGUGAAAGGAACUUAUCGAGUGGACCACGGAAAAGAUCGUACUGCGAUUCGAUCGAUCGCCAGAAAUCUAAUGGUAAAUUGUGGCCAUUCGAUUCGAUUCGAUAUACGGCCGUCUUGUUAUUUAGUUAUUUCAUCACGAAAGGAAGAAAUAAGAAAUAUUUCGUGUUUUUGGUGGAUCGAUUCGGUUGGUUGAAUUGUUACAGAGCGACGUAGAUUGUUAUCGGUUUGGAAUAUGCAGCGAAUCCAAAGUUUCAUGGAUAUAUCACGCGACUAACACACAGACACGUUAUACAGUACGUUAUUUUACGUUAUUCUCUUAUGCUGUUAGGUUGCACCUUUUAAGAAACGAGAGAUUAUGCGUAGUAAGUUUGCAGAUUGAAGUCAGAAAUAAUAAUUUGUCAGUGACAAAAUAAUUAAUUAAUAAUUAAUUAACAACCCAAUAAUUACGAAAGAUAACAAUCUGGUCUCUAGGAUUGUUUGAUUAAUCUACAACACCUCUCUUCGAAAAUAUGACAUUUAUCGUUCAAUCAGUCGAUUAGUUCGCCUAUAAUACUCUGCUGAGAUUUAUGUUACAACGAUCUAUAUUCUCCGAGAGCAGGUAAACCCGUUUUGCCUGCAAGAUUUAUCAAGUGUUGAGAAUUCUCAGGUAAUAAAAACAUGGAGCGCGUGCUUUCAACUUGGAGCAGCUCGUAACAGCUUAAAAAAGCAAGUCUCGUCGAAGAAACGUGUCGCGACCCUACGCUUCUGUUCAAGAAGUGGUGUCAAUAAAACUUUUGCUUAUAUAAAAGUAAAUGAGAACGUAAACCAUUAAAAGAGUCAGAAAGUUGAUUUUCAUCUUCCUCGGCGGAGUAACGUGGAGUAAGAAUGAAAAAGAAAAUCAAAGUCGUUGGCGAGCGUGACUUUUAAGGAAUUUUUCCUCGUCGAAUCCUUGAAAUUCACGCGGACAUUUUACAGCACGCGUUUUUAUGUACGUGCGAUUUAAUAGCACGAAGAUGUUUUUCUACUUGAGACACGCAUCGAUCGAGAAAGAAAUCGAUAUGCACGGUACGUGUAAUACGCGGUGGUUUCGAUAUGGGACGGACCACAGUGCAGCGAACUGUUCCGAUAGCAAAUCGGUCGCGAACGAGUAACGGUACCGAACCAGUGAAAUUUGUCCUAAUUCUUUAUUUCGCCACGAUUCGCGAAACGCUAUCUCAUGCUUGAUACGUUCUAUAAAAUAGUUUCUUUUUUGUCGCGUAUAAAAAUUUCUACGUUUCAUAAUUUUUGAUCGGAAAUUUCUACGUCUCGCUCAUUUAACAUUCGUGAUCGUUGUUUUCGAUAUAAAAAUAAUGGAAAAUGUACGUAAAUGUAAGAAGAUCGCAGGCGAACGCGUAGCAAUUACACGUUUGUUUGUUCUAAUGUUACUUUACGACUAGAAGGAAAUAUCUUAAUGUAAAAAUACAUUCGUCGCAUUUGACGAUACUAUUGCUACGUUCUUGUCAUUUAAAUUGAAUUUUAUCUGAAAACGAUAUCUCGCUCUGGAUUCCUAUGUCUCUGUUGCUUGAAUUGAACGCGGUAAAAGUAUGGGCAGGUCGAAUUAGUUCAAAAUGAUACGCAACAGCAGUUUCUUACGCUCUUAUUUCUUGAAUUGAAUUUAAUCAAACUUUUACGACAUCGGAUUAGUAGCUGCGAUUUCCUAUAUUGCUGUUGCUGCGACGUUGAUAAAAAGCCUGAUGAUCGCUGGAAACUGCGAUUAGAUUAGAUUAGAUUAGAAUUGUUAAAAGUAUAAUUAAACGACCAGAUAUUCGAAAUCACUUACUUCGUUUCUGCUUUAUAUCUAAUACGUUCUCCUAAACGGAACCAAGUAUUUUACAAUGCUUCGAAAGGCGAUAGAAAUCGUUAAAAAUACCGGUUAAAGUAAAUGGAAAGUAAAUAAAAAUAUUUGAAUCGCGAAUACUUGACGUUUUGCUUACGAUGAUAUGUGAGCGUUCCAAUUAUUUUGGCCGUCUGGCACAGGUAAAAAUAAUUCGACCUGGUCUCGAAGAAAAGAAAAUUGUAAAAGAGAAACUCGAGUCCUUCGAGACUUGAAACGAGCGUCCAAGUUUCUGGGUGUCCUGGUUUAUCCUCCUAUCGAUAAAUUCGUUCGCACGAACGUAUGAUAUUAUUACGCGAUUAUUCGUACAGCGGAACAUUUCUUGUACAAAUUCCAAUUACUUAAACGAACGCAACAAGUCAACACGGAUCUAGUUUCUUAUCAAUCGUGAUCUUACCGACCACGAUCAUAUUCCACGCAUUUGUAUCGGUUUAAAACGUGAUUAUGCAACUUGGGAAAACUCUAUGAAUUUUUCUUUUCCACUUGAGCGUUCCACGUUUCGUUUUGCGAUUAUACGUUGUCUCUGCUAAUUUAUAAUAAACUUGUCGCUAUUGCGUUAGAGAUUAUAAGAGGAAUACAGCGUUCUUCGAUUCUAGAAACAGUUUUGUUUUCUUAUCCUACACAGAUCGGAUCGUUGGGCUUUAAAAAUUAUAAAUCUCAAAGGUUUAAUUUCGGUUUAUCGGUUGACUUCUAGAAAGAAUUGGAAAGUAAGAACUUUUGGAAAUCGUAGAAGACGGCAGUGAAAUUUUAUUUUAGCUUUAAAAUUCGCAACCCACGGAUAUUUGUUUCUUUACCUCUGUCUGUAAAGUGUCAGAUCCGCCUGAAGCAAAUUAAUAGAUCGUCCGAAAAGUUUCUUUCGUCUUAUAAGGAAAUAAUGGACGCACAUUUUU